UGACUGCAUCUCUGAAUAAAGAAACCUGCUUCUUCUCAUCUGCUGACUGAGAUCUCUGUUAUUUUGGCUAAGUAUUUGAUAGUUUAUUGAAUUCAUUGGGUAAGAUUAUGGAAAUAAUAGAAAUAGACACAAUCUAAAAUUCCACCCUGUGAUAUGUCCACUCGAGAGGGUUUUUUUUUUUUAUUUUAGUGUGUGUGUGUGUGUAUCGGUGUGUGUGUCUCUCUGAGACAACAGCAGCCAGUGCGAAAGCGAGCACAACUCAACCUGAGCCCUCGACAUCAUUUCCUCUUGAGCAUUUCCCCUCACUGUGUUUCACACAUCCUCUUUUUGAAUCUCGUAGCUAAUUUGAGUUCCGACAUAUUUAUUUGUGCUGAAACCCGGGAAUCUUGUGUGGGAAGGCUGACGUGAGUCUGAAACCUGUGCUAGGACCGCGACUACUACGGGCUACAGAUCGCCGGCACUAAAACAGACAGGUAAAAUUAGGUGAAAAUCCUUAUAAAAAUGUAAAACUGGACAUUUGGACCAUCCUCCCUUCCUUGCAUUUGUAGACCCGUAAGCUGAGUGGGAGGUGCACUUGGGCUGAGAUAAAAAGUGGAAGAGAAUCCAGAGGAAGAAGAAAAGAGCGCAAGCAAGCCUGGAAAAUUCAUUGACAGCAGCCUUUAAAACACAUCUAAAAUGGCAGCAGAUAACAGCUUUGCAGCAGAGUUCCUGCAGGCUCACAAUGAAUACCGUAGUAAGCAUGGAGCACCACCUCUUACACUGGAUCCCAAUCUAAAUCAGUCUGCUCAGGCAUGGGCUCAGAAUCUGCUGUCCAUCAAAACCCUGAAACACAGCAAUACAAAAGUUGGAGAAAACCUGUACUAUACAUACAGCUCACCACCCAAAAAAGUUCCAGGGCGUGCAGCGGUGGACAGCUGGUACAAUGAAAUUAAGAAAUAUGACUUCAAUAAACCAGGAUUCAUCUCUGGAACAGGUCACUUCACUCAGGUGGUCUGGAAGGACUCUAAGCAGCUGGGUGUUGGGAUGGCCACAGAUGGGACUACAACCUUUGUGGUGGGCCAGUACUUACCAGCAGGCAAUAUCAGCAAUGCUGGCUACUUUGAGAAGAAUGUCCUACCACUGCAAGUGCCUAUACAACCAAAAUAAUCCAGCAGUGGCAUAGAAGCAUUUCCGAUUACAUUAGUUUGGUCACUGUCUCUGAAAAAGCUGAACUGUGUAGGUAACAGCAAACUGAAAAUAAAUGAUUACAUUAUUUCACAAUUAUUAUGAUAAAUAAACUGAAUGACAAAUAAACUGA